CAAGGCACAGAGAGAGAGAGAGAGAAAGAGAGAUCAAGCCGCAGCCGCUUCUCUUUCCUCGUCUUUUCCUGCAAAUACGAAGGAAAUGAGGGGCCCCAAACUUUUCAGGGGGCCCUGAAAUCAGGCCAAAGGAUGCCGUUCCUGGACUUCUUCUGGGCUUGCUUCAAAAGAGCAAAGUGCUACGCACAGCUCGAAGGCAAGAACAAUGUGGAGGCCGAGGCGAAGAAAGCGUGCGACUGGCUGCGGGCCGCUGGGUUCCCUCAGUAUGCCCAGCUCUAUGAAGAGUCGCUGUUCCCUCUUGACAUCGCCGCAGUGAGGAAGGACCACAACUUCUUGGACCAGGACUCCCUCCAGUCCCUCUGCAGGAGGCUCAUGACCCUGAACUCGUGCGCCUCCAUGAAGCUGGAAGUCCACUUUCAGCGGAAACAGAAUGAGGAGCUGGAGGAAGAGGACCUCUGUGCCAUCAGCCACCGCUGGGCCUUCCAAAGAGACAGCAAGAGGUGGUCCCGGAUCGGCUCUGAUGACGACUCCUUCCCCUGCACCUUGGAUGGAGACCCUGGUCCCACCACGAAGAAGGCACCCAGCCAGGAGAGCAUCCUCACCGACCUCAGUGCUGACCUGGAAGCCGCUUCGCUCCACAGUGACGCUAGCACCGGAAGCACCACCCGGACCCUCCCCAUUGUGGCUGCCUCGCCUGCACCCACCUUGGACGACCCCAACCCAAACUUGACCGACCACUCGCCAACUGACCCCUCUCCCAGCUUGAAUGGGAGCAGCAAGGAGAAACCCAAGAAGCGCCGGACGCGGAGCUUCCUGAAGAGGAUCGAGUCUCUGAGAAGGAAAGACAAGGAGAAAUCGGACUCUGCUAAAGCCCAAGAGGAAGGCGAGGCUCAGAGUAAGACCCCCUCGAAAAAUGAUCCCGGAGACCCUACAAUUGAGAAGGCCUCGCUCCCCAGAAGUAGGACGUCUUCUUCAUUGCCGAGCAGCAAAACCCUCGUCUCAAUGGGAUGCCGGACUCACCAAGCCCUGACCUUGGCUGAAAGCAAGCAAACAUUUCAGCCCAAAUGUGGUAGUGUUUAUCUCGAGGACUACAAUACAGACAAAAGAAGGGACAAUUCCGUUCAAUCGGGCUCCUCAGACCCGUUCAGAAGGGAUUUUUUGAUCCAUAUCCCCGGGGACUACAAACCGGGCACUUUCCCCAAAUCGCUCUCCAUCGAAAGCCUGUGCCCCCUCCAGGAUGGCUGCCUGGCCGACUGGAAACCCCACCACAAUGGUUUCCCGGUGCGCGGCGUGGACAGCCCCUUGCCCCUCCGGAAGAGACGACCCUCCUGCGGCUCCACCGGCAGCCUCUAUGACAACGUCCCUGAAUUAGGCGACGAAGACAACGACCCGUUCGACUCGGACGGUGAGAAGAUCUACGAGAACCUCGACGACAUCCUGCAGCACAUCUGGGGCCUUCAGCAGAAGGUGGAGCUGUGGUCCCAGGCGCUGCGGAUGGAACCGGGUGGAGACAACCUCGGGGAGGAAGAGACGGACUCCGGCGGGGAGCCGGCCAAUGGGAAUUUCGAGGAGCGGUCUGUCUCGGACAUCGGGACGUCCACCAGCGACUUCGAGAGCACCGCCAACUCUCUCAACGAGGGGGAGGACAUGGAGAUGAGGGAGCGGAGGGACUCCGGGGUGGGAGCCUCCCUCACCAGGCCUUGCAGGAAACUCCGCUGGCACAGCUUCCAGAACUCGCACCGUCCCAGCUUGAACUCGGCCUCCUUGGAGAUCAACCGCCAGUCAGCGGCGCAAGUGAACCUCCUCCAGAAAUGCUCCCUCCUCCGCCUCACGGCCCUCAUGGAGAAAUACUCCGUCCCACACAAGCAGACCUGGGCCUGGACUGUUCCUAAAUUCAUGAAGCGGAGCAAGACCCCCGACUACAAGGACAAGAGGGUCUUUGGGGUCCCACCGAUGGUCAACGUCCAGCGGACGGGGCAGCCUCUCCCCCAGAGCAUCCAGCAAGCCAUGCGCUACAUCCGGAGCCAGUGCCUGGACCAGGUGGGCAUUUUCCGCAAAUCGGGGGUCAAGUCCCGGAUCCAGGCAUUGCGGCACAUGAACGAAGCCUCUCCUGACAAUGUCAAUUAUGAGGGGCAGUCGGCGUACGACGUGGCGGACCUCCUCAAGCAGUACUUCCGUGACCUUCCAGAGCCCGUCUUCACCAACAAGCUGACAGAAACCUUUUUGCAGAUUUACCAGUUUGUGCCCAAGGAGCAGCGCCUAGCAGCCGUGCAGGCGGCUAUUGUGCUGAUGCCCGACGAGAACCGGGAGGUCCUGCAGACCCUCUUGUACUUCCUGAGUGACAUUGCUUCGGCCGAGGAGAACCAGAUGACCUGUGGGAACCUGGCUGUGUGCUUGGCCCCCUCCGUCUUCCACCUCAAUGCCUCCAAGAAGGAGAGCACCUCCCCCAGGAUGAUGCACAAGAGGAGCACGGUGGGCAAACCUGACCACAAGGACCUGAGCGAAAACAUGGCCGCCACCCAAGGCCUUUCCCACAUGAUCGCCGACUGCAAGAAGCUCUUCCAGAUCCCCCACGAGAUGCUGCUCCAGCUGUGCAGCUCCUAUGUCUCGGCCGAGGCGCAGCCGCUCUCCUCUUUGGAGCUAAAAUCCCCGGAUGAGUUGGAGGCCAGUCUCCAAGGGCUGCUGAAGGACUCCUCGGAGCGCUUCAAGGGCUGGCUCAGCACCGCCGGGCCCCGGAACACGGAGCUCUCCUGCAAGAAGGUGGGGGACGGCCACCCACUGCGGCUGUGGAAGGUGUCCACGGAGGUGGAGGCUCCCCCGCACGCCGUGCUGCAGCGUGUGCUGCGAGAGCGUCACCUUUGGGACGAGGACCUGCUCCAAGGGAAGGUGGUGGAGGCCCUGGACAAGAACACCGAGGUCUACCACUACGUGACUGACAGCAUGGCCCCCCACCCAAGGAGGGACUUCGUGGUCCUCCGGAAGUGGCGGACGGACCUUCCUCGGGGGGGCUGCCUUCUGGCCUCGGCCUCCUUGGACUACAAGAAGCUUCCCCUGGAGUCGGGGGUCCGGGCGGUGGUCCUGGCCUCCCAGUUCCUGGUGGAGCCCUGUGGGAUGGGACGCUCCAGGGUGACCCACCUCUGCCGCACGGAUCUCAGAGGUCGGUCCCCAGACUGGUACAACAAGGUCUUUGGCCACCUGUGUGCGAUGGAGCUGGCCAGGAUCCGCGACUCCUUCCCCACGCUCAACCCGAGCGGACCCGAGACGAAGAUCUGAAGGGGUGCCAUCUCCCGACACUGCUGGUGCUACUGGAGGAAGAAGAGAGAAGCUGCAAAUGAGCCUUCACUCCGCAGAGGAGGAUGCAUCUCCCCAUCACCUGUGUCUUGUUGGUGCUCCAUUGUGUUGCUUGGUUCAGCAAUGCGUCUCCUUGCUUGGGAAGGGUCUGGGAUCCUCCAAAGCACCGCUCCAUUGAGUAAUGGCUGUGUAAUGACCACUAGUGGUGAUGGCAUCAUAUGGAUGAUCCAAGGGACCAGGAAGAGUGAGGCAGAAAAUGACACGUUGAACCGGAGAUGUGAUAUCAAGGAGGGCUUGCACCUUGUUGCUUAGUGCAAGGAUGGCCACCAAUAUGUCUAGAAAGUCAUGUUGUUGAAGGCUUUCCUGGUCAGAAUCAUUGGGGUGUUGUUGUGUGGUUUCCAGGCUGUGUGACCAACGUGUUGUGGCAGCAUUUUCUUCAGACAUUUCGCCUGCAUCUGUGGUUAAUGUCAUCUGCAGAGAAUCUGAUGGCAGUCAAGCAAGUGGAGUAUAGAUACCUGUGGAAUAAUCUUUAGGGUGGGAGGAAAGAACCAUUGCCUAUGAAAACAGGUGUGAAGGGUGCAAUUGGCAAGCUAGAUUUGUGUGUGUUGAGUGGGAUCCACCCAUGAACAUGUGAGUGGGGCAUCUGCAAGGAAAUAGCCUGGCCUUUGUUCCCUUUGUAUUGUUGUUGCCUUGGAGACAUCCUUAGCCUGGGUGGUGCUCAACGGUCCUUGAUUGCUUAGAGCCCAGAGACCUCCUGUGCCUGAGCAGCAUUCCUUAUUCUCUCUCUUGAUUCUAGUAUUUUUCUAUACUGGUUGUUAAAUUUUGUUUAUUUCCUUUAUGUCCACAAGCACAUAAGACAAUUUCAACAGAAUGCUACUAGAACAUGACCAGAGAGCCCAGAAACCGCACAAAUCCCCAACAAGAUAAUCGUUUCCUCUCGCCAUUGCUUUCCAAAUCAACUGCAACACACAACAAGUGUCCAUGCUUGGUCCCCAAACUGGCAAUUGCAACGAAUACAUGCAAUGAGGUAUUUGGUUGCCUGUUGAUGUCUUCUUCUUCACCUUCCUUUGGGUUAAACCUUUUUUACUUUGUGGCUGGAAAGGUCUUCCUUUUGCUCCUCAAAUGUCAACAGAACACAACUCCACAUCUCCAUUCAACCCCUGGCUUUGAAGGUAGGCUUUGAGGGGUGAAGUCAGGAGACCAUAUGAAGUUAUGCAUUCAUGACUCUAUCUCAGGCAUGGGCCAACUUGGGUCCUCCGGGUGUUUUGGGCUUCAAAAAGAUCUUCCUUUUGCUCCUCAAAUGUCAACAAAACAGAACUCCAUCCCUCCAUUCAACUCCUGGCUUUGAAGGUUGGCUUUGAGGGUUGAAGUCAGGAGACCAUAUGAAGUUAUGCAUUCAUGACUUUAUCUCAGGAAUGGGUAAACAUGGGCCCUCCAGGUGCUUUGGACUUCAAAAAGGUCUUCCUUUUGCUCCUCUAAAUGUCAACAGAACACAACUCCAUCCCUCCAUUCAGUUCCUGGUUUUGAAGGUCGGCUUUGAGGAUUGAAGACCAAAACACUUGGAGGGCCCAAGUUGACCAAUGCCUGCUCUAUUUUGAUGUAGGCUCUUGGUGAAAACCUGGGAAGAUCUCGCCUUCCUCCUUUGUGUCCCUCCUUCCUUUCUCUUUUAGUCCAAGCCUGAACAUCCCUGGCCAAUUCCUAGGAAUGUUACAAACCUUGUCUAACGCUUGCAGCUUUGGCUCAAGUUGUCCCCAGAUAAGAAUGAACAUUUCCUUACACAACAUCAGUGGUGGUUUGUAGGCAGUGCUGGUAGCCAAUUUUGUUCAUUUCCAUGGUUUCUUCCUUUCUGUUGAAGUAGUCCAUGUGCUUAUGUAUUUCAACAACUUCUCUAUGUAGCCUGACAGAGUGGUCCAGAAUAUCCGUGUUCCCAAAUAAUAAUAUUUUUGUGUUUUGCUA